AGAGAAUAAGGAUUUUUGCCUUUAUUACUCUGCCCUGGAGAGAACAAUUGUUUACACCUGGUAUGGAAUACAAGAAGUCCAACGAUCAAAUGGAAACAGGUUGCGUUUGCUGAGGAAGUUGAACACACCCUGACGUCUGUUUGUCGUUGCCACUCUGCCCCCUACUGACACAGCAUCCAACCAGCACAUAAUCCACUGAAGAGGCUUUGGAUAGACACAUACUGUGGAGGAGAGCAAGAGGGAGAGGAGAAUAGCAGGGGAAUAAUUAAUAACUAUGGCAAAGUGAUUCCCUCUGAAUUUUAUUUUGAAUAUCAUUUGGUUGGCAAUCCAGUCUGUUGCUUUAAUUGUUGCAUAGAUGCAUGCUGAUUUACAAAGACUGACCGUGUAGAAGUUAGAUUGUUUGACUAGACGUUGCCGGUCUUUCUUUUUUAAGCCCAGUGGCCAAAGUUUGCUGGGAGUGCUCUAAGAAUCUUCUACCAUAGCAUGGUUAUUUACAUCCCAGUGCUUGGAAAGUGACACUUCCUCCAUUGUAGAAUCAGUCAGAGCUAUUUGGCAAAUUAUCCCAGGAUCGGUCAUGCAUCCCAGGUCGGUCCAUCUGGUCAUCUUCGACCUGGCUGUGCUGCUGGGUGUGUUGCUCUUGUGGGCACCUCUGGGCUCCAGGGGGCAGAAUGACACAGAGCCCAUCGUCCUUGAGGGGAAAUGCUUGGUGGUGUGUGAUUCCACUCCUUCAUCGGAGCCUGCUGGGAACGCCCUUGGCCUGUCGGUCCGCUCCGGCACAGGACGGGUUGCAUUCUCUGCCACCCGCCAGACCAACCACGAGCCCACAGACAUGAGCAAUCGCACCAUGAUCAUCUACUUUGACCACAUCUUGGUGAACGUGGGCAGUCACUUUGACCAAGAGAGCAGCGUCUUCCUGGCACCGAGGAGAGGCGUCUACAGCUUCAACUUCCAUGUUGUGAAGGCCUACAAUAGACAAACUAUUCAGGUCAGUCUGAUGCUGAACGGCUGGCCGAUGAUCUCAGCCUUUGCAGGGGACCAGGAUGUGACCAGAGAAGCUGCCACCAACGCCGGCUUGGUGAUCAUGGAGAGGGGGGACAAGGCCUACCUCAAACUGGAAAGAGGCAACCUAAUGGGAGGCUGGAAGUACUCCACAUUCUCUGGGUUCCUGGUUUUCCCUUUGUGAGGAGGAUGUACGGGUGGAGGCAGGUUGGAGAGCUGCGAUGGGAGUUAGAGUGCAAGUGAGAAAAGCGAGGCUCUGAUCUGUAUCUCUAAUCUGUUAACUCUUUAUUGUGUGCAUCAAAGGAUGUGUUCAUACAAGAUAAGGGGAAAACUGAGGGCAAGAUUGUGCAAAUUAAUUUAUUUCUCACCUGAGAGAAAAAGCAAAAUAUUGGGAAAAAUGGAGCAAAAUGAUAAACAUUCCUUUCUCUUUAGAUUCGGGUUUCUCUGUUUCUGUGCAUACAUAUUUGAUGGGUUUGGGAUGCAUUGUUAUUGUAAUAAAUCACUAAAGUAGCGACGUGCAAUGUGGGCUUAAGUGCAAUGACUAAGUAAGAGCCCGUUUUUCUGUUUCUCAUUCUAUGUUUUUCUUUCCUGUUCAAAAUGUUUGAAAUGCUGCUGUGUCCCACAUGGCAUCCCGUCCAGCUUACAAACUCCAUUUGUUCUGCUGUGUCUUGUGACUGAUGCCCCUCAUUUUGCUUGUUAGUCCCCUGCAACAAAUGUACAUUUACAAGGAGAUUUAUA